AUGGCGACCGUGGCUCGUGGACGGCCGGAGGGGAGCGGCGUGGCGGGCGGCGGCGAGCAAGAGCUAGAAGAAGAAGGGGACCGAGAAGAAGCAAAGGUGUUCGAGCUAAUGCGGGACCAGGUGUGGUACAGGCCUUACAUCGGCAUCUACAUCAAACUUAUAACCAUGCUCGGCAAGUGCAAGCAGCCGGAGAAGGCGCACGAGCUCUUCCAGGCGAUGAUCGAUGAGGGUUGUGCGCCCAACCUCGAGUCCUACACCGCCCUAGUCUCCGCGUAUAGCAGGAGCGCCGAUUCCGACACCCCAGGUUGCCAGCCUGAUGUGCAGACGUACUCGAUUCUCAUCAAGUCAUGCUUACACGCUUAUGAUUUUGAGAAGGUGAAGAGUUUGCUGACUGAUAUGGCACGGGCGGGCAUCCGGCCUAACACUGUCACCUAUAAUACAUUGAUCGAUGCCUAUGGGAAAGCAGGAAGGUUUGCUGAGAUGGAAUCAACUCUUCUGAAGAUGUUGUCACAAAAUUGCAAGCCUGAUGUGUGGACAAUGAAUUCUACUCUCAGAGCCUUUGGCAGUAGUGGUCAGCUUGAGACAAUGGAAAGCUGCUAUGAGAAGUUCCAGGCCUCUGGUAUUGUCCCAAACAUUAAGACCUACAAUAUCUUACUCGAUUCCUAUGGUAAAGCCAAAAUGUAUGAGAAGAUGGGAGCUGUGAUGGAGUACAUGCAGAAGUAUUACUAUUCUUGGACAAUAGUUACUUACAAUGUAGUGACUGAUGCAUUUGGAAGGGCCGGAGACCUUGAGCAGAUGGAAUACAUAUUUAGGCUAAUGAAAUCUGAGCGUAUAAAGCCCAAUUGUGUUACACUCUGUUCAGUGGUUAGAGCAUAUGGAAGAGCUGGGGAAGUUAAGAAAAUAAAGACAGUGUUGAAAAAUGUUGAGAAUUCUGACAUAACAUUGGAUAUUGUGUUCUUCAACUGUUUGGUGGAUGCAUAUGGGAGGGUGGGGUGCUUGGCAGAGAUGUGGGAUGUUCUUGAUUUGAUGAAGGAGCACAGAUGCAAACCAGACAAGGUAACAUGCACUACCAUGAUCAAAUGGUUUCUCAUCAAAGGAAUCAACGAUCAUCGUGUUCAGUAUCUACGUGAUCUUAAAGAUGGGCGUGCAACAGAUGAUACAUAG